AUGCCACACCCAAGAAGACAUCACUGUCCCAAAAGGACGCCACGUCCCGAAAGACAUCCGGGUCUCAAGACUGCUGUGCCCCUAAAGCCCCCACCAUCACCCUCAGCCGAUGAGUCAUUGCCUCGCGGCAAUGACUCAUCGGCACACAACCUCAACACCCUCACCACCAUGACCCAGAGUGCUCCCGGGCCCGUCUCACGGAACAGAAGUGUAUCCCCGGAGUCUUGGACGUCCUCCACCUCGCCCCGCCUUGCCCAGGACAGAUCCGCUGAGCCCCGCACCAACGGGCGACCUCGACCACGAAGCAUGGACGAAUCUCCCUUCAGCAGUUCACCGCCAAGCCCUGAAUUAGACCAAACUCUUAUCCGUCCACGGCCCGCAUUCUCGUCCAUCCGCCCCUACAGCGAGAUCCCGGAGGGCAUCAGAAGCUGCGUGCGGGAAGCACUGCUAGAUCACGCCGCCAAGGGGGACCGAUCACCGGCUAAGAGUGCCCCAGCCUCGUCCCAGCUUGCCCGCUGUCUGCGGCCUGUAAGGGAGAGAACAAGCAUCUUUGAACGAGGAGUUGCUACCCGCGCCACCUACCCCGAGGGGCGCCGCACGGUCAUCCCGAUGGCGGCCAGAACGUCCAUUAGGAAGCUCGUCUCUAUUUUUUCUCGUGCCUUCGUCAAGGAUCGCGACAAGGAGCAGGAUGGAACUUUGGGAUCACAGAGCCGCGCUCCGCGGAGCCACAGCCUCCACGAAAGCCGCACCGAGGCGCUUGCCAAAAGCUUUGCUAACUCUCUUAGGUUUCCCCGCAAGGAGGCCUCGGGGAGUGCUGGAGACACCAGCACCUUCCCACGACGAGCGCGGCUCCACUCAGUGGCCAUCAGUAAGUUCUCGUACCUAGAGAGCGGAGCCAAAGACAAGUCCCUGGGCAGCCAGUACUUCCGGCAGGAGGUCACAGCCUCUCUCAUCAGAAGUCUGGUUUAUGGUUUAAACACCACAGGAGUGAGUCCUGCUGCCCCCGCGGCCGCCACCGCAGCAACCACCCCAACAUUGCCACUGCACGAGUCCAUCACGGUGCGACUUGUAAACCUGCGGCCAGGAAGCCCUUCGUCGCCCUCCCCGAUGGUGCCCUGCUUGCACUCCACCGACUGGCCCCCGACCACCCUCGCACCGGCAUGUUCCUCCCCCCGCCUUCAGUGGCAACAGGGAGGCAAGGGAGCCAAGAACAUCCCAAGCGAACCCAAGAACCUCCACGGGUCUCGCUCGUCCCGUAGUUCCCGCUCACCGCGCGUUGCGGUGUGGCCGCCUCUUAACAAACCCACCACCUCUGACCACUUAGGCACCCUGCCCCGCUCCCGCUCCCGCUCCCUCUCCCCAGCCUCGCCUCACAUCCCAGUCGCGCGCUACACACCAGCUCCUCCGAAGAAUCCGGUCCCUCCAAACACUCCCGACGUCCCUCGCAUCCCGGCCUCUCACCGCCCAUCACAUUCCCCUCAUUCCGACCUUCACGCCUCCUAA